UUCUCCUGUGAGGUUACUUGGAUACCGGAAGUGGCUAAAUCUUAGCAAUGAAAAUAGCAUUGGAACUUUUUUGGAAUAAAUAGCGAAUCCGUCGGAAUUGUAUAGACUUUGGUUUGCGGAGAAACACAGCUCCUGCCUGUAUGUAUAGGGACAAGAUGGAGGUUCCCUCUUAUCACUCCAAGCUUUUGUGUGAGCUGAACGAACAGCGUAAGAGGGACUUCUUCUGCGAUUGCAGCAUCAUUGUGGAGGGCCGUGUGUUCAAGGCACACAGAAACAUCCUCUUUGCGAGCAGUGGCUAUUUCCGGGCUCUGCUGGUGCAUUAUUUGCAGGAUAAUGGCCACAGGCAUAGCACAGCUUCUCUGGACAUUGUCACAGCAGAUGCCUUUUCACUCAUUCUGGACUUUCUGUACUCCGGUCGUCUAGACCUGCGUACCGAUAACGUGAUCGAGAUCAUGUCCUCAGCCAGCUACUUGCAGAUGACGGACGUAGUGAACUUUUGCAAAGGCUACAUCAAAUCAUCGUUGGAGAUCUGUAACAGGGAGAAAGAGGGCCAGAGGGAAAUGUGCCGAGAGAGAGAAGGACCUGCUGACAGUGGUACGUCAGCUUCAGUCUCCAGUGGUCCUGCAGCAUCCACUUCCCAAACGGACCGGGGAACCCCACAGAGUAUGGAGAUGCCCAAUUCCGGUGAGGCGUCCUCUGAUAUUCCCUCCACUCCCGCUGCUACCAGUAGUAAAGACUCCGAGAGUGAGAACUCGCAGGGAGGAUUCUCCAACCAACCUCCCACCAAUGCUGCUGUUAAGAGCAACCCAGUGCAAGACGCAGUCAACCCAUCAUCUUCAGGGAUGCUCGUCAUGCCUGUACAUGCCAAGAUUAAAUUUGACCCUGAUGAUGAAGGUGAGUGUUCACUUGAAGGUAAGGACAUGGACCUGUAUGAAAACCCAAGCAAUGGUGAAGACAGAACUCUCAGCUCAAGUCCUGCACCUAGCAGCGAGCCAACAUCCCUGCCGCCGUACCCCAAUUAUCAGAUGAAGCAGUAUGUAGAUGUGCUGCUACGUGGAGGAGCCAACUCUCACCGUGAGGAGCUUGUGCCUCAUUUUGGCCACAGUUUGGGAAGCAGUAAUAUGAUUGGUCGAGUAGAUGAAGGACUAGGUCAUGGAGGCACCUGUAGUAUGGAGAUCCAAAGCGACUGGUAUGUGGAGGAUGCAGUUUUCUACUCAGGGAGGCUGCACAAGUGUCCGUUCUGCCCGUACACGACCAAACAGAAGGGCAUUCUGAAGAGGCACAUCCGUUGUCACACAGGGGAGAGGCCAUACCCGUGUGAAAUUUGCGGAAAGCGUUUCACUCGACAGGAGCAUUUACGCACACAUGCUGUCACCGUCCAUCGUGCAACCUGGCCCAUUGUGUGUAAGGGCUGCAGGCGUGUCUUCUCUGGAGCCGUGUCUCAGGGUCUGAAGCGCUUUGGCCUUUGUGAUAAUUGUACUUGUGUCACUACAACUAAUGAGGACUCUCCUUCCAUGAGCCUGAACAGCCAGUCUGUGAGUGUGGAACAGGCUACGACUGACUCGGAUUGGCCCAUCUUCAUGGUGGACGGGGACGAGGAGCCCAGUGCUGGCGCUGGGGAAGUGGACGAUAAAAAAGACCUCCAGAGACAGCUUGCAGAGGGGGGAAGUCUCCUGUAGGCAUCAAGAAACAUACUGGUGUUUCUGAUGGCUUCUCCCUCAUUGGCCUUACUAAAGGUUUAGUAAACAGACCAGGCUGUCAAGGCUCGGAAAGACAGAUGUUCCAGAGACAAUGUUGAUGUACACUACAAACAUAUAGACAGAUCCUGAUAUUCAUUGUUCUGAAAAAAAAUAAUCUUGUUUGGCCUGAUGCCGAUUAGUACGAGUACUUAAUGUAAGUACUGAACUGUAAUGAUGUUUACGGGUAUGUAGUGUUUAAGAACCAAAUUUCCACAGCUCUGGUUGAAUAAACUGAUUAAAUUCCAUUUUUAAAAAAUGUUAAUAUAAUUUAGUAAUUAUGAAAUAAUAACUGAUUUAAAAGGUACAGCAAUCAGUGUUUGGAUUUUGAUCAUGCCGAUAACAAAGUCAUCUUAAAGCUGCACAUAUUUAGUGAGUGUCAAGAUGGAACAUUUGGGUAGGUGUAAAAGAAUUACCAUACACAAUCAAUCCUAAGGGAAUCUGAAAUACUGUCUGAGUCAUUUUAUAUAGAUUCAUGCUUCUCAGAGUUGGGUCCGGUGGCCCCCAGGGGUCUUAAAGCACAGAUAGGCGGUCUACAACUUUGUUUUUAUUUUAUUACAGUGGUGUACACCACACCAUGGUUAAAGUUAUUGUGCCUAGGAAUAAUGUUGAAUAGAAUCUAAUGAUAAUUAUAAUAAAAAUGAGUUCUAUGGGUGGAAGGUUCUGAAAUAAUAAUAAAAAAAAACUCUAUAAAUAGUAAAAACAUUAUUGUACACACUUAACUAAUGUGUGACUUUUUCUGUCAAGUUAAUCUGUACUAAGAUGAUGUUUUUGUUUUUUUUUUGUGAUAUUUGGACUAAAUCACCAAAGGCUAAUGUUCAUUAUAUUUCUAAUUUAAAUUGUUUAUCUUGCUUAUACGGCUGAAAUCAUCAUGAAAAUUUUGCUCGAUUUUGAAAUCAGUUAUUUAUCAUAAUUAUUUAGACAAUUUAAGUAGACAAUUUUGCACUUUAUUGUUUUAAAUAAACAGAAAACAGGCUUUUUCAUGUUGCUCGAAAUCUUUCUUUUAAAUGUAUGAAUCUUUGAAUUGACAUAAGACAUAUUCUUUGUAAUAUCGUUAUAAUAUAUCUUUAAAAAUGUUUCGUUUAAAUACAAUUCGACUCGAAUACAUUUAACAAGCCACCAUAGUAUGUAAUCAUGACUCACACAUCUGCCCAACUUUGUCUAGUGAUCUUUAGUUUUGCGCAUGUAGCCGAAUGAAAUCGAGGUGUUUGAGAGGAAGAUGGCAAAAUCGUCUGAACAUGGUGUGAUUAUCCGACACAUGCACCACAGUCAGUCUUAGUUGAUUCCAAUAUCAUUCAUUGUGCAGCCCUAUUCUACUGAAUGUUUCUGCAGUGUAAAUGUGAUACUUUUUUUUUUUUUGAGUGUUUCAAUACAUGAAAGUGUUUCUCAGCAUUUACAGCAGCCUUUAAUGACAUUUGAAAGUUUCUAUAAAUUUGGGAUCUGAAAUGUUACUGCUUCAAUCAUAAAACCCACAAGACUCUGAAAGGAGAACUGAUAUUUAUGGGUGCAGUUACAGGGGAAGUGAUGUCUGACCAAAGUGCAACUUUUUAAAAUUUUUAUUUAUGUUUAUAUGUAACUUGUGCUGUAUGCUCACCUUUUGUUGUAUGCCAUGAAAGGUUGCAGCCUUAUUAUAAAAUAACAUGCAUUCAAAAUAAAUGCUGAUCUGUAA